CGCUAUAUCGUUAACAUAGAAAAUUUCAAUAUAGAAAGAGCGAAGUCAGAAGAUAGUUUUACUUUUCUAAAAGAAUAAUAUUAAAUUGCAAUGAAUAAAAGUAUAUUUUUAAUGAAUUUAGUAGAAUAUAUAAAACCGGAACCAGAUUUUCAAUCGAUUCUUGUGUGAAAAACUUUAGUAGAAAACAAACAAACAAAAAUUCCUGUGAUUACAAGUGCUUAGUAGACGGAAUCGUUUUAAUUUUCAAACAUUUUUUGUAACGGUUCCCUUACGGAUAAGACAGUUUUCUAAGUAGAAAAACACAAACCAACGUGUGUGUGUAUGUGAUCCAUGUGCAACGAUUCCCAAUUGUGCGAAAUGAUGGAUUUAUUGUAAGAACAAAAAAAAUGACAAAACAGUAAAAAUUGUAAAAAGGAAAGUGAAAAUGGAUUAUUAAAGCAAAGCAAACAAAAAAAGCAAGCAACGGUACUUGUUGUAUACUAUCGGACAUCAUUGAAUGGGAACAACAAAAGCGAAAACGAAAACGGUAAACAGAAAAAUGAAAAAAGGAUUUUUUUUCGUUCAAUAAAACUUUGUCGACGAAAUGUUGAUGGUGAUUUGCUUUUGACUCAACCGUUUCAAUAAAUUAAUUUAAAAACGUAAAAAUUGUAAAACUUGUUUGUCCGAAAAUUUCGAACACAAUAAAUUUGAAAAUAAAAGCUGAGCCAAUAUAACCAGUUGGGAUAAUAAAAACGAAAACGAAAGUGAAAUAAAUAUCAAGGACGUUAUUGAAGAUUAAUUUCUUAACAGAAAAACCAACACAAAAAAUCCGUGACAAAAGGAUUUGGACCGUAAAUUUUUUCGCCCGUUUUUUUUUUCCUGAAUUAAAUUGUGAUGAGUGGGUCUUUGUCGGUUCUAUGGCGGAAUUUAAUCUCAACAAUAAUCUAAGAAUAAAGGACUGAAAAAUCGAAAGUGGAAAAUUUAAGUUUUUGUUUGGAAGAACAGUUUGAAAAUUAAAUAUUUUGAUACGAUAACAUCGUGCUGGAGGACGAUAGCGAAACGCACCAACCUACCGUUGGUGUCGAAGGAUCCUCAACAGGUGUUUUUUUGAAAUUAUCUCUUUUAUUUUGAUGUGCGUCUUUGUAUGUACAGUAUACUCGUGCACUCUUGACUCAUUGUGAAUUUUUAUCAUUUUUAUGCUCAUUUCAAUUUGAUGUUUAAGUUAAAUCAGCCGAAUAUGCAUGAAAAACAAUUUUAAAGUAGAAACAGACUGGAAAUAAGUAACGAAAAAAAAAUCAAUUUUUUUUCUUAAUUUAAAUUUCGGGCAAACUCUGAGAAAAGUAAUUUAUUAAGGACAUGCGAACUCGUCUGGCUUCGUUAAUUAUUGUAAAACAGGAACCGAUUGCAAACGAUUUUGAUGUUGACGGUGAAAAUGAAACAGUUAGCUAUAAUAAUGAUUUAGCAAAUCAUUUUUAUGGUCAAAAUAGAUUGGAGAAUUUUAACGGAAUUGGCGAUUUGAAUAACAACCAUAGCAAAGAAGAAUUUGAAGAUCAUAAAAGUGCAUCAUCACUGCUAGCCGCAGUUCGUGCACAACAGGGCAUAGCAAAUCAACAAGCAGGUCACUCGUCCAACGAGGGUCCGGCAAAAGUGGUGAAGAGUGAAGGCGUGGAGUCAAGUAUGCUGCUACUGCAACCACAAGCUUCUUUUAGUUCUAUUUCUUCAUUUGACCUUUCACCGUCAUCCCAACAACAUCAAUAUUGUUUCGAUUCGUCAACAUUUGGAUCGCAGAAUUUGGACCUGUUCCCUGAGAUCGUUUUUACUCAACAACAACAGCAACAACAUCAUCAUCAUCAACAACAACAACAACAUCAAUCCCAACAACAACCACAGACGUCCCAUUCAUCAUAUUCACUUGAUGCGAAUCGUCUGACCGUCCAAUCACUUCACUCGAACUCCUCCAGUGAAACGUUGAUCGGAAAUAAUUCACAAUUUGGAUCCACUGACAAUAUUACAGCGAACACAAUCUUAUCACCAUACCGAGAGGACCAGUAUCGUUCGUCAGCCAGUUCAACCACUCCAACAUCGAUCGACGACUUUUUGGACCGAUCAUCGACUAGCGCAGAAGAUAUUGGCAUUUUAUCGCUACGGUCCAGCAGUGAUCCGGUAAUUGCGUUGCAUUGCUUGGAGUCUAGACAGGCCGUGCGCGAAGAAUUGACAUCGAGCCAAUCGGACGAACAGAAUUUAGCCCAUUCGUCACUACCAAGUUUUCAAGAAACUUAUUCAAUCAAGUACAAUCAACUAUCAAGCCUAGGACUAAAGAUGGAUGAGGAUUGCUACAAUGUCGCUUCUCCGCAUCAUCCAGGCGUAGCCACAUAUCAUCACGGCCAUGGACAUCAUCCACAAACAUAUCACCAGGAACAUCAAUAUGAUUAUCAGACGAACGUUCAAUUUGCCACACCGAACACAACAUUCUACCCGUUUGAACAGCCGGGAAUGUACGGGCCCAAUGUACCGCAGGACAGUUAUUCGUUACCUCCAUUUCCAAAUGUGUCUGAGCUGCAUCUAUCGACAUAUCGACGUUCAUCUCUUCCAAUACAACGAUCAGAAUCAACAUCGAGUAGCGAGAGCCCAAAGCCGCCUCGCAUGAAUAUACUGAAAACGAUUCCAAGUGCGUCUAGUUCCGCUUCCACAUCACCCAGUUGCAUCAACAACAACAAUCCAGCCCAGGCCAAUAACAAUGAAACAUUAAAUACCCGAAUGUCCAGUUCAUCGGCAUCGUCGGGCAAUACUCCAAUCAAUACACCGCCACACCCGAACAGUCCAUCUCAACUCUGUGCUGUCUGUGGAGACAUAGCUGCGUGCCAACAUUAUGGAGUGAGAACUUGCGAAGGUUGUAAGGGUUUCUUCAAAAGGACGGUACAAAAAGGAUCCAAGUACGUUUGUUUGGCCGACAAAGCUUGUCCCGUCGAUAAACGACGACGGAAUCGAUGCCAGUUUUGCCGAUUCCAAAAAUGUCUGGUGGUUGGUAUGGUGAAAGAAGUGGUACGAACCGAUUCGCUGAAAGGCAGACGAGGACGACUACCAUCAAAACCAAAAUCUCCGCAAGAAUCUCCACCGAGUCCACCUGUGUCAAUGAUAACAGCCUUGGUACGAGCACAUGUUGAUACUACACCCGAUGUGGCCAAUUUGGAUUACAGACAAUACAGAGAGCCGGGUCCCAUGGAUCCGGCAUUGUCAGAAGCGGAAAAAGUGCAACAAUUUUAUAAUUUAUUAACCACAUCCGUCGAUGUAAUUCGUCAAUUCGCCGACCGACUUCCGGGUUACACAGAACUAUGCCAGGAAGACCAGGAACUGCUAUUUCAAUCAUCUUGCUUAGAAUUAUUUGUACUACGACUAUCUUAUCGUGUCCGCAUCGACGACACAAAAAUGACAUUCUGCAACGGGGUGGUUCUGCACAAAGUCCAAUGCCAGCGAUCGUUUGGCGAAUGGCUGGGAACGAUUUUGGAAUUUAGCAAAUCACUUCAUGCAUUAGAAACGGACAUAUCGGCGUUUGCAUGCCUAUGUGGACUGACAUUGGUUGCAGAACGUCAUGGUCUCAAGGAACCAAAGAAAGUGGAACAACUCCAAGUGAAAAUAAUAAACAGUCUUCGCGAUCAUGUUACCUACAACGCUGAUGCCCAAAGAAAACCGCACUAUUUGAGUCGACUACUUGGCAAACUGCCGGAACUACGCAGUCUAAGCGUUCAAGGACUUCAGAGGAUAUUUUAUUUGAAAUUGGAAGAUCUCGUGCCGGCACCACCAUUGAUUGAGAAUAUGUUUGUGGCCAGUUUACCAUUUUGAAUUAAGUUGAUUCGAAAAACGAACCGAUGAUGUACGCGAUUGUGAUCGAUGGGUAAAAGAUUUUUGAAAAACAAAUGUUUAUUAAUUCGUAGAUUGGUGAACGUGUGAUCUCUAUCUCUUCUCCUAUUAUAGCUCUUUCCUAUUGCAUGUAGACGUUCGUAUAUAUCAGUUGAUGUCACAGUUUCUUUAUCGUGUAAUUUUAAGACUUAAAUAAUAAAAAGAAAAUGAAUCACUAAAGUGCUAUUUAUAUAAAAAGGAUUUAAACAAAGAAACGAUUUACGUAAAAUGUGGAAAAUCGGACGUAGAUUUCCAGUUGAAUCUGUUACACGUCCAAACGGCACCCUAACGUUUUAAUUACAUCAAUGAAAUGUCUGUAUUUAAUAACUAUUUAAGGAGAAACGUUUAUAAUGUCCAUUUUUGUGUUUGGAAACGCAGGCUUUACCUCUGAUGUAAUGGUAACUGUUAAAAAUUUCUUUUGUCGUCACAUAAUCACCGAAACAUAAAAUUUUAUUAUUAAAACAAUCAAGUGUUAACCGGACAAGUGUUAGAUGUUUACUGAUCAGUGUUUGAUGUUGACACAAUACCAGACAUAUUUUCAAUCGUCGAUUAAUAAUCGUAAUAAGCGUUACAGAUUCUACCACGAAUUAUUAUGAACAACCCGCACAUGAAGCAGAAAUUUAACCAAUUAAUUGGUAAGCCGCAUUUACAACAACUCUAGUGUCCCUUGAAUCAUUCCAUUAGUUUUAAAAGGUGCAUGUUGUCACAACAUUGUUGUGCAGCAAAAAAUCCCUGAGCAAAUAGAUUUCAUCAAAUUCCACCACCAGAUUUACCGCUUUGAAUGUUUGACUACUGUUGGAUUUGCCUCUCAAAUUUAGCUCCAAUUCCCUUUUUGUCUAACCGGAAAGUGAAUACAGAAACAAGUUCUCACGUAGCAGAAGUCUAAAUACUUUGAAGGCAUAGAUUUGAACCAACGUGCGAGUGCUUUUUAUGAACAUUUGGAGUAUGAAUACUUCAAAUGUUCACAGUUGUCUGCCUGACCGUCUGGUUUGAUAUUGAAAUACCGAAAUGCCGAAAUAUUGCUGCUUCGGCUAGCCGAUAUGUUAAUCCGAUCAACAAUAUUUCGAAAAUCAGGGACGCCUCGCAACCAACCCCAAACGACCGAACAAAGAACACAGUGUCAAAAGCUAACUCAACCCAUUUUCAAACGGAAAUGUUUUUUGCCACUGUUUCGAACUGUAAGAUAUGAUGGCGUUUUACCAUGCUUUACAUAUUCAAAAAUGUCACAUAUCUUCAGGACAUGUCGACAUAGAUAGGCACUAAGAAAUUGAGCUUAAAUCCUUAAGGCAUAGGCUCUUGCACUGGCAAGAUACAACAAUUUGAAAAGCAUGGUAUUUAGAAAGAUGUGUAGAUGAAAUUGCACAAUCAUUCAUUGUCCCCAUCUGCCUGGAUUGAAGUAUAUCGGUUGCAAUCUAUUUACUACGUAAGUUCUUAUGCCAAUAUCUCCAAAUAUUUCCAUUUUUUCCACAAAAAAAAAUCGGGAAAAUUUGGUAGAUCGAUUUCCCAAAAAUAGUCCCUUGUUUUAUGAAAAUUCGUCAAAAACUGGAAAAUUCAUCCAUGGAUUUUAAAACGGUUAGCCAUCUGUUAGCGGCAAAGGUGCCAAAAUAAAACGAUGAAUCUUCGACAUUAUUCGCUUAUAUGGCAGCCAUACGUCAAUAAACAAAUGAAGUAAAAGAUUUUGUAUCGGAACAGUAAAGAAAUAUUUUAAACAAUAUAAGAAGUAAGAGAUUUGGUGUUCAUACCGUGAUUACACUUGCCAUUUUUGUAAUUGAGUGCAAUUUUCUGUGCCAAGAUUCAGUACACCAUCUGGAUACUGAACAUUCACUAAAGAAAAUCCAAUAAUCUCCAAUCAAUCAACACUGAAAUCUACUUGAUCGAAUCACAUGUUUCCCAAUUCACAUUCCUUCCGGUUCGAUAUUUUCAAUAAUAAAUCAGAAAACUUUAGACCUUGACUCAUUCUCUGACAAACUACACGUUUCCGUAGACAAAUUUCGAUCCAAUUAAUACUAUACGUGCAUCGUGCACUUCAUAAUAUGCCUUUCAAAACAUUCAAUAAAUUGACUUCAAAAAUGCGGUGGCCAACAUCAAAAUACAAUCAAUUUCCGUUACGUUUCGUGACUAUCCUUGUUAUUGGUUUUCGGUUUUUAUUUUAGGGGUAAGUCAAUCAAACAAAGCCAAGCAUUACGGUGUGGUUGCAUAUUGAAAGACGACAAUUUUACACGUAAAAUUUCCAGUUAAAUAUUUACAAAUCAACAGAACAAAACAUGAAGAGGAACGAAAAAUGUUGAAUUAAAAUGAAAUAUAAAAUAAAUAGCUGCUGACAGGUGUAAUUUGUGGUUUCUUGCUUAUAAAUAUAAAGUAAAUUUUCUUCUAUAUUUUCGAGAGAGAGUGUGUGUGUGUGUGAGAGAGAAAGAGAGAGAAUUUUAUCGAAUCAAUUAGUUUUCCGAGUUGGAUAUUUUUUUGUUUGUAUUGUUUGUGUCUAUUAGUAUUUAAGUGGAAAAAAUCUAUAGAUUUUGUUGUUAUAUCUUCGACGAAAACAUUUCACAAUCACAAUCUUGAGAGCUUUUCAUGCCUUGUUUUUUAUACAUCGUACAAAACAUAUUUUUAUGGAUAGAUUUUGAUCACAAUGAACAAAACAAAAUAGAAAAUUUAAAUAGAAUUAAAGUUUAGCGUUAAAGGAAAUAGAAAAAUAGUUCAUCAAUUUUACAACACAAAAAGAAACUCUAAUUAUAAUAACACUAUAAGAUAACCACACACGUACUUACUUAAUUUACAUGAAUAUAUAAAGUGAAGAGAAUAUUUUUUAACUAUUUUGGUAACA